AUGGAUGAUUUAAGCGGCCUAGAGUGGUCCGCUUCCUCCACCUCGAAUACAAAUGCUUCAAAAGCACCACAGGGCUCUGGGAACUACUACCCCACGUUACGGCCCACGCCACCACCCCAACUCUCGGGACGCACCACUACUCUCUCUAAUCAGGCUUCUGGGGCAGCCACUUCCAAACCAUCCGCCUUCGCCGCUCCAAAACCCUCCUCCACCCCCGACAGCUUCUCCAAUCUCGUAUCCUUCGGGUCCUCGAAACCUAAUACCCUAACCCUACAACAACAGCAAGAAAAACUACAGGCAGAGAAGCGGAAGCAGCAAGAAGAGACAAGAAAACAAUAUGAGGCGCAGUUUGGAGGGUCACAGUCGUGGGAAGGACUGGGGAAUAGGGACCCAGGUCGGAACGCCACGCCAACGACGACCUUACGGGGUAACCCUCCCGCAAUAAAUCCUCUGCCAGCGAGUUUUGCAAGAGCAUCUUCUCCGGCAACUAUAAACGGUGAUAGUGCUACCAACGGUGGAGAUGAAGACCUUUUUGCGGCAUUCAAUGCCAGCACCAAAGUCGAUAACUCGAGUUUCUAUCCUCCUCCCUCUCUCUCGAGUAGCGGUAACAACACACCGGGAUUUACGAAGAACAAGAGCCCGGACUUGAGUCAGCCACAGGCUUGGGAACAGCCGAUGGGGUCCUUGGGAGGCGCGACCUUUGGUGAUGAUGAUGACCCUUUUGGAUUGGGUCAAAUGAAGUCCCAAGGUUCUACAUCAGCACCUGUUGUAGAUUCCGCAGACAACGAUGAUUUCCUUGGGGAUCUGGCGAAGCCUGUGGAAGAGAUCAGGCGUCAGAGACCUCCAGCCGCAAAAGCUACUCCUGAGCCAGCGCGGGAACCCGAAUUGGAUGAUCCAUGGGACAAGGCUGUUGCAGAACUCGUCGAUAUGGGGUUUUCGGCCGAACAAUCGCGGCGUGCGCUUACUGAAAGCGGUUCUGGUCUUGAUAUCCAAGCUGCUGUUGGCUGGAUAUUGAACGAUGCGCACCGGCAGGCCAAACAAAAACAACAGAGUCGAGAUUCGAGUAGGCAUAAUGGCGCUUCAACCGGUGAACGAAGAGAUGCAUCUCGGGACGGGGCUAGAAAAAAUAAUACCCAAUCACGGAUGCGUGAAGAUGGCCAAGACCAUUCACAAUCCCGUAGGGAAGAUAAUGGUUCACCAAGUGGAGAGACGGAUCUUUCCAAGACCGCAGCUGCUGUUAGUAGCAACUUAUUCAAGACAGCCAAUUCUCUAUGGAAGACAUCGCAGAAAAAGGUGCAAAAGGCGGUGGCUGAAUUUCAACAAGAAUCUGAUCCCAGCCAGCCAAAAUGGAUGCGAGAAGCAGCUGAACGGGAGCAGGCUGAAAGGCAAUCCACAGCAGACGGACGAAGUCGACGGCCAAAACCUACCGUUCCUGUAGUUACAGAUGAGGCACUCAUGCUUGAAUCUGGCUCCCGAGCCCCACAAAAGAAAGCAAAAGCCCCUGAAUCUCGAUUAUCUCCCUCGGGCUCUACACGUGAACAGCCGUCGACUCUAGGAAGGCCACCACCAGAGCGGCCUACAUCUACACCACGAUGGCAACAGUCAGCCCCUAUGGAUCCUCGCUCGCGGAUGAAACAAGCUGUCGACGAACAAUCUGCAGAAGCAUAUAUAAGCCCUGCGCGACGGAAAAAGCCUACACCUCAACCCUCACAGCGGCAGCGGCAGCGGCAGCCGGAACCUGAGCCUGAUCUACUACUAUCCUCAACCGUUCCAUCACAACCAAAAGCCACCUCGUCUCGUCAGACUCCUCGAACAACGCCCGUACCUUCUAAGCCGUCAACACCCAUUCCGACACGCCCCAAAGCGCCACCACGCAACAUUCCGUCUCUUUCGCCGACCGCUCUUGCAAAGUCUAACGAGCAUCGCCAGGCCGGUUCUGAUCAUUUCAAACGCGGCGAUUAUGCUGCAGCGCAUCAAUCUUACUCAGCUUCUCUGCUUUCUAUUCCUUCAUCCCACCCUAUUGCCAUCAUUCUCCUAUGCAAUCGUGCUCUUACCUCGCUCAAAACAGGUAUCCCCAAGUCCGGGGUCUCAGACGCUGACAGUGCCUUGGAACUAAUCGGGCCUGCGCGCGGCGACGGCGAGACUAUCAAGCUAGGCAAUGAAAACAAAGACAUGCGAGAGUUUUGGGGCAAGGCGCUCAUGCGGAAAGCGGAGGCUCUAGAGCAGAUGGAAAAGUGGCGGGAAGCCGGUGAUGUAUGGAGACUAUGUGUCGAGGGUGGUGUUGGAGCCGCAACCGCCAUUCAGGGGCGAUCCCGAUGCGAGAAAGCCCUCGCGCCAAAGCCUGCCCGAACUGUUACUCCCAAGCCCAAGCCAAAGCCGAAAUCUGCGCUGCAGGAUUUAAAUGGUGGUCGUGAUAGCGCUGCCGUCGAAAGGCUACGGAAAGCCAAUCUCGAUGCAGAGAAAGCGGACGAUGAGAAGUUUGCUCUAGCAGAUCAGGUGGAAGCAAAGAUUGGGCAGUGGAGGGAUGGGAAGAGGGAUAAUCUCAGGGCGCUAAUUGGGAGUCUGGACUUGGUCAUGUGGGAAGGGAGUGCGUGGAAGAAGGUUGGGAUGCAUGAGUUGGUGCAGAAUAAUAAGGUCAAGAUCAAUUAUAUGAAGGCGAUUGGGAAGUGUCAUCCUGAUAAGCUGUCGCAGGAUGCGAGUACUGAAGUCCGCAUGGUCGCUGGCCUCGUCUUCGCUACGCUGAACGAGAGCUGGGAUAAGUUUAAGCAGCAGAAUGAAAUGUAG